AUGGACGAUUCACCAACAGCAUUACCCAUAACAAAAACGUACUUAUCAUUAAAACCCAACAACAGCAUCAAUAACAAAAGCCAAAUGCCAGAGUUGAAGAAAAGCUUAUUCUCUCCUUCAUUCAGGGCAUUAUCAUGCAAGACUCGGAGAUCAAUGGCAUUGGCUUAUGUUUUCACCUUCAUUUGCGUGGCAUGCACCGUCUUCUUUGUCUUCAACAACCCUUCUACGAACCAUUCCUCCAUUUGGUUCACAAAUAUCCUUAAAAACAGGUCCCAGUUUUCUUCCUUUUUCUCUCACUACUUUUUCCCAAAUAAUACCUCCCAAAACCCAUUUAUUCCAAACCAAUUUUCCCGGAAAAAUAAUGGGUUUUCCGGGAAAAUUAAUAGUUCCUAUAUUUCUCCAAAUGGGUCUGCAGUUUCUUACGGUGAAAAUGGUGAUAAUAUAGAAGGGGUUAGACCAAAUGCAAUGUCGAACCAUACAGGUUUAUUGAAUAGAGAGAGUGAUGGAGCUGAAGGUUCAUCAAUUAAGAAGAAGAGAAAAGAUAAUUGGUUGAAAAUUCUGGAUCGUUGUGACAUUUUUUAUGGGAGAUGGGUGAGGGAUGAUGUGAACCCCUUAUAUGAAGCUGGUUCAUGUCCUCACAUAGACGAGCCCUUCAAUUGUUUUCUUAAUGGAAGGCGCGAUAAUGCUUACGAGAAGUUCAGAUGGCAGCCUAAACAUUGCAACUUACCAAGUGAGAUUGGAUUAAUUGAACUUGUUUUGCAGGUUGAGUGGUGGGACUUUGUUGGCAUUAUUGAGAGGGAAGAGGAUUAUAAUUGUUCAGUGGAGUUCUUUCGAUCUCCAUUUUUGGUUCAAGAAUGGGAGAUGCCGGAAACGAAUGGAUCAGCUGGAUCAACGAAGGAAACACUUCGGCUUGAUCUGGUUGAGAGAUCAUCUGAUAAAUACAAAACCGCAGAUGUCCUUGUCUUUAACACAGGCCACUGGUGGACUCAUGAGAAAACAUCUGCCGGGAAGGGUUACUACCAAGAAGGUAGCCAUAUUUAUGGUGAAUUGAAUGUUGUUGAGGCAUUCCGGAAAGCUAUGACAACAUGGGCAAGAUGGAUUGAAGCCAAUGUAGAUCCCGUGAAGACCCUCGUUAUCUUUAGAGGAUAUUCAGUCUCCCAUUUUAGUGGUGGAGAGUGGUAUUCUGGUGGGAAAUGUGAUAACGAGACUGAACCAAUCGACAAUGACAGAGAUCUAUCACCAUCACUCUAUCCUCCAAUAAUGGGAAUGUUGGAACGGGUGCUACAGGGGAUGAAGACACCAGUCUUCUAUUUAAACAUUACAACGAUGACAGAUUAUCGCAAGGAUGCACACCCAUCAGUUUACAGGAGGCCAAAUUUAACAGAGGAGGAGAGACAAUCACUAUUGAGGUACCAGGAUUGCAGCCACUGGUGCCUUCCCGGUGUCCCUGAUACGUGGAAUGAACUGGUAUAUUCUCAAAUCUUGAAACAUGAUCACAAGCAACAACAACAUCGUCAUCAACAACAACAACAACAACAACAACAAAAACGACAGCAUGCAGCAGAAAAAAGGAAAGGUAAACUGGAAAAUACAGCUUUGUAAUACACAUGGAUAACACCACUGCAGAUCAAUUAAUGUUUCUGUAAUACUAGUUUUUCUUGAUGAAAAACAAGAAAAGAACUGGAGAAGAUCUAAGGAAUGGUGUUGUUUUAGAAUGAAGGGGGUUGUGUUGAGUGGGUAAGAGAUGUAACAAAGGGGAAGGCAUAGAGGUGAGGAACUUGGUUUCAUUUCAUUGAUGGGAUGUUUGCCCCAUUUCUUAUGAUAUUGCUUAUUU